AUGAGCGGCUAUCGAUUUUACGAGAGAGCUUCAAGGGCUUAUUAUGGCCGCCCUCAUUUUUACAAAUUGCUUGCUGUCUGUACUGUCAGCGGCGGCGGAUUGGUGGUGGCAUACGGCGAGGCGGCGAGGAGCACGGCGUUUGCGGAGGCGGCAAACGAUAAUAAUUCGAUAAAGAAGAAGAAAGUGGUGGUUCUGGGAACUGGUUGGGCUGGGACAAGCUUUCUCAAGAGCUUGAAAAAUCCGUCGUACGAGGUUCAGGUUGUCUCGCCAAGAAAUUAUUUUGCCUUCACGCCAUUGCUGCCCAGCGUCACCAACGGGACCGUCGAAGCACGCAGCAUCGUCGAGCCCGUCCGCAAGAUUGUCGGGAAGAAAAAGUACGAUGCUGAAUUCAAGGAGGCUGAGUGCUACAAAAUCGAUACACAAAACAAGAAGGUGCACUGCAGAUCCAUCACCCACCAAUCGCACCUAGGCGGCUCCGAAGACUUCACUGUCGAUUAUGAUUAUCUCGUUAUCGCCAUGGGUGCUCGUGUCAACACCUUCAAUACUCCUGGUGUUGCAGAACACGCACACUUUCUCAAGGAAAUAGAAGAUGCUCAGAGAAUCAGGAGGACAGUGAUCGACUGUUUCGAGAGGGCAAGCCUUCCAAGCUUAAGCAACGAGGAAAGGAAAAGGAUUCUGCAUUUUGUGGUUGUCGGGGGAGGCCCAACGGGCGUAGAAUUCUCUGCUGAGCUUCACGAAUUUGUCACGCACGAUUUGGCUAAGCUCUAUCCUACACUUAUGGAGCAUGUCAAGAUUACACUUCUUGAGGCCACUGAUCACAUUCUCAACAUGUUUGACAAAAGGAUCACAGAAUUUGCAGAAAAGAAAUUUGGGAGAGAUGGGAUUAACCUAAAGUUUGGCUCUAUGGUUACAAAGGUAACUGAAAAAGACAUAUCCAUCAAAGAGAGAAGCUCUGGCCAAAAUGUGAACAUCCCUUAUGGAAUGGUAGUUUGGUCGACUGGUAUCGCGACACGCCCCGUUGUAAUGGAUUUCAUGAAGCAAAUUGGGCAGACAAACCGGCGAGUAUUAGCGACCGAUGAAUGGCUGCGGGUGGAAGGGUGCGACGACAUAUACGCACUUGGCGAUUGUGCAACCAUAAAUCAACGCAAAAUCAUGGAAGACAUUGCGGCCAUUUUCGUGAAGGCAGACAAGAAGGGCACAGGUCGUCUGAAAGUAGACGACUUUGAGGAGGUGAUCAACGACAUAGUGGAAAGGUAUCCUCAGCUCGAAAUUUAUCUGAAGAAACAGCAGCUUAAAGACUUUGUUCAGCUUCUCAAAAACAAACAUGGCGACAAGGAACUGGACAUCGAGAAAUUUAAGGCAGCACUUUCUGAAGUAGAUUCACAGAUGAAGAACCUUCCUGCCACUGCACAGGUUGCUGCUCAACAAGGGAAUUAUUUAGCAGACUGCUUCAACAGGAUGGAAGUUUGCGAGAAGUAUCCAGAAGGUCCAUUAAGAUUCCGGGGAACAGGAAGGCAUAGAUUCCGGCCAUUCCGGUACCGGCACUUGGGGCAAUUUGCGCCGUUGGGCGGAGAACAGACGGCGGCUCAGCUCCCCGGAGACUGGGUUUCCAUCGGCUACAGCACACAGUGGCUCUGGUAUUCCAUCUACGCCAGCAAGCAAGUAAGCUGGCGCACAAGGACAUCUGUAGUUUCAGACUGGUUAAGGCGUUUCGUGUUUGGAAGAGACUCCAGUCGAAUCUAG